AAUCUAGUGGAACGCUUCUUCAACAACUGCAGCCACCUCCGUAGCUCGCUGGACAACGAAGUCGGAACAUUCAAGUUCUUUAGACAAUUUCGUGGUUUAUUUGCCACUAUGCUUUAAACAUACGUAUGGGUAAACAACUAGCUACCUCAUUUAAUUUAAUAUUUACGUUAUAAGUCUAGCUAGCUGGCUGGUUAAGUUAGCACUAGUCUAGUCGCUAAUGCUAACAAGCUAUUAUCCCCGACCAUGAGUUCACUAAGCUACUCUCCUCCUGUUAAAGAAGAGGAUGUCUGCUGGACGGAGAAGGAAGCUCUCGUCAAGGAGGAGGAGGAAGAGAAGGAUGUUACAAUACAAAAACAAGUAGAGGCUGAGGCUGUUACAGUGAAAGAAGAAGUGAAAGCCGUUACAGUGAAAGAAGAGGAAGACUCGUUCAGAGUGAAAGAGGAGGAGGAUGUUACAUUAAAAGAAGAGGAGGAAGAGAAAGAGGAGGAUGUUACAGUAAAAGAAGAGGAGGAAGAGAAGGACGCCUUCAGAGUGAAAGAGGAGGAGGAAGGUGCCGUUUUGGGAGUGGAGGAUGAAGAGGGGGAGAUUACUGUCACAUUGGAGGAGGACGAAGAAGAGAAGACUGGAGAACUGAUUAACACCAGUAAAUACAGAGAGAGACAUGACUAUCGUGGAUCCUCUGGGGAGCCUCAACAACAUCAUGAAGCUGACGAGGCAGAGAAGACUCUCUCCCGAUCAGAACUCCUCAAGAAACACCAGCAGAAACCCACAGGGAAGAAAUCUAUCUACUGCUCUGACUGUGGGAAACAUUGCAAAUCUUCAUCAAAACUUAAAAUACACCAGCGAGUACACACAGGAGAGAAACCUUAUAGUUGUGAUCAGUGUGGCAGGAGUUUUACUAAGUCAAACAACCUGGUAUCACACCAGAGAACACACACAGGAGAGCAGCCAUAUAGUUGUAAGCAAUGUGGGAGAAGUUUUUCUCAGUCAAACAGCCUGGAUAGACACCAAAGAACACACACAGGAGAGAAGCCUUAUAGCUGUGAUCAAUGUGGGAAGAGUUUUACUCGGUCAAGCUCCCUGAAAUUACACCAGAAACUACACACAAGAGAGCAGUCAUAUAGCUGAGAGCAAUGUGACAAGAGAUACUCUCAUUCAAGUGGUCUGAUUGAACAUCAGAAAAUACAUGCAGGAGAUCCACAGAGUGUGGAAUGAUCUCCAACACCAGACCUGGGUAGUAGAACACAGAUUGUGGAAUGAUCUCCAACACCAGACCUGGGUAGUAGAACACAGAGUGUAGAAUGACGAACACCAGACCUAUAUACAUCAAAUCACAUUUUAUUUGUCACAUACACUUGUUUAGCAGAUGUUAUUGCGGGUGUAGCAAAAUGCUUGUGUUUCUAGCUCCAACAGUCCAGCAAUAUCUAACAAGUAAUAUCUAACAAUACACACAAUCUAAAGAAUGGAAUUAAGAAUAUAUAAAUAUUUGGACGAGUGAUGUCAGAGCGGCAUAGACUAAGAUACAGUAGAAUAGGAUAGAAUACCGUAUGUACAUAUGAGAUGAGUAAUGCCAGAUGUGUAAACCUUAUUAAAGUGACUAGUGUUCCAUUCCUUAAA